GCUCGAGGGUGCUCACCUUAGACCUUGUCUUAGCCCCCAAAUGCACCACCCUCUCCCAUGACCUCCUCGAAUCUUGCCAAUCCUCCCCUGGCUCCUCUUCCUCCUCCCUCGUCGCUCGUUCCAACUGUUUCUCCCGCUACCCUAUCCUCACUUGCCAUCUACAACCCAUCGCUCGGCCCGACAGACGAAACGGUCCAUGAUCAGAUCGUAUUCUAUACCUCCCGACGUGGAAAUGCCAUAACGGCCAAUGACAGAUUGCGUCAGAUAGGGCUAGCCCAGGGCGUCGUUGAGUUUGCCCGGUAAGCUUAGGUAUCUACUUCCGUCGUCGGGCUCUACUCGCAACUAACCUUCGAGCUCCUACGCGUGCCAGCGGCUUUUCUAAGACCCAAAAUCUCAGUUCUGUCGAGACAGAGAAGUCAAGGAUAGUUACUCUGGAGAUCGAGGAACCUGGUUGGUGGAUUCUAGCUGUUGGUCUUUUCUCUUCGCGUUCCUCCCCCACACAAGCUCUUCUCAUUGCCUUCGUCACACAUGGCCACCCGAUCUAACCAACCCAUAGCAAAUUGAUCUAACAGUUAUCCAUAAUCCCUCAACAUACCCCCCCACAAUCAAGUAUACUUCCCAGGAAGUCUCCCCUCCAGCACUUUUACUGGCUGAUAUUCGGCAAGCUUACGGCCAGUUCCACUUUCAUUAUGGCUCCUUUGCCGCAAAUUUUGCCCGUCUCGGGAGAUCAGCGUUCUGUAAACGACUCGAGAAGUUCUGGCUACGUUGGGCUUGGGGGAGAUGGGAGGUGAUGCUUCAUGCAUCUCCGGCGACGGGAAUAAUGGGUGGUGGAGGUAUAAAGAUGGCUGGUGGAAAGCCGGGUAAAGAAAUGGGGAAUGAGGAAAGAGAAUUCCUAAAGGGAUGGGCCGAUAAAGAGAAAUCAAAAGGACUGGUGGACCUGGUAGCCUCCAGGUUUGGAGAACCACCGGAAGAAAGUAAAAACGCCAAAGGGAGUGAAAGCCACAGCGGCUUUUGGUUUUGGAACAGCUCGAACAAGCUUUCAACAGCAUCCACUCCUCCACAAAAAGGCCAGCAAGGGCAAGCUUUAAUUAUGCCACAGGAUGGGUGCAUUCUUCCUGGCACGGGGGUACUGGACAGCAGGUCCAUAAGGGAUGUAGCAACUUACUUGAGCGAGCUCUACCAAUAUGGCGAUGAAUCUUUUUCUCGAUCAAGUGCGGGUUCUCGGCUAAAAAAAACUCGAAACAGGCCCAAAGCACCAAUCAAAGGCGGUUCGGUGGAGAGUCCCGCGCCAACAAACCCCUCAGCCUCCGGACCCGCAAGUGCAGAGCCGCAAGCCAUGUCAUCCCCCCCGGAGCUAGCCGCCAGCCUGGCCAUAGAUGAGUCUGUCGAAGACGGAAGACCCCGAGGAGGAGCGAACGAAACCUCCCCCCAGAUAGCACAAGAGUUGUCCAACAAAAAGCAAGGCCCCGGCAAUACCAAUGCCAAAAUAUUGAGCCUGCUCACGUUUGGAUGGACUGGGGGCUCGGCGCUAGGGAAAGACACUAGGAUCAGAGGCACAGAUUCUAUCUCUCCAUCCCCUGCACCCUCGUCCCGCACACCUUCUCCUGCGCCAGUGAAGGUUGUGGAUCCCCAGGCAGUAGAGGAAACUGGCGGGCCUGUUGGUAGGGUGAAGGAUGAGAAGCCCAAGAGAGCCAGAUUUAUAAUUGGGUUUAUGGGUGAUCUGGACGUGGAGGAUUUGGAUGAGAGCGAAUCCGGGGGGAGAAUUACAAGCAGAACUAUUUGGGCCACAAGAAGCGUCACAGGAAAUGAACCGGAUGCGCAAGCUCAAGGUGAUGCUACAUCAGAUGGAGGCCUUGAAAGAAGAAACAGCGGGACACCGACUAUUAAGCAAGCCGAUUUGGAAGAGCUUAGAAUCGUCAUAUAUGCAGUAUUACCCAUUUACCCUUCGCAACUCCCCGUCCUCCUUACUAAGCACAUUUUGUACAGAAUCAUCCUUUUAUACUCGCUUUUAUAUUUGAAAAAUCAGCCCGGCACCUAACGUCACCAUCAUUUUACCGAACCAUACAUCACCAGCUCGCACCACUCUACGAGCCAAUGUUGAAAUUUUCUCCUCUGGGCGAACUCAAGCUAUCGCUCAAGGUCCCAGGUUUAUCAUCCCCAAUCCUCAAGCCGCCUUAUGAUAUCUUGUACAAUCCAAAGACGGGGACAAUUUAUUGCACCCUCCCGCCCAUUCCUGAACCGGCAUUAGAGCCGGUCAAUCCUGGAGCUGGGGCCGGGUGGACCAGAGCAGAUGCUUUCCAUGUCCACGCCUUGAUCCUGGGAAUACUGGGUGAGACGACAGGUGAUAGGUCGGAAAGAGAAAGGAGCGCGCGAAGUACAAAAGGUUGGUGGGUAAACUGGACGAGACUUGACGGUGGGGUGGAAGGGAUUGUAGUUCGAAGGGCUGGUGAAAAGAAGGUAACGGACGCUGCGGCGGGGCUGGUCGGUGCCAGUGGCACGGGAGAGGGAGUGGGGGGGAUUGAUAUUAGGAGCUACUUUGAAGGAUUGGUCCGCGGCGCCAAGUAAGGACGGGUACGAUGCCCACUCCUGCUCUCGUGAUAUGUUCAUGCUAUGCGUAUAUACUCUUUCGUAAUGUUGAUUUCCUAGAAACUUGUCUUGGAUUCACGAUUACUUUUUUUUUCUUUUCUCCUCAUCUUCUUAUCCCACCCGGUGCCAGACGCAGCUGCCGGUCAAAAUUUCGCGCCCUCAAUCCCGCCGAAGCCCCAGACCUGACGGCAGAUCUCUUUCAGACCGUCACUUCGGUGAGAAGCACCCCGCAACCCCAAUCCACCCACAGCAUCAAAUCACCAAUCUAUCCGCCCGUCAUGCAUGACGAAGUGACCGAAGAGCCGGGUCAGGCUAACCUAGACUAUACCAUACGUAACACUGGACGGGAAGAGAAGAGGAGAAAAGAAAGCCCACCCCCGCAACCCUUGGACAGGAAUAGCAAAAGGGAAGAAAGCGCUACACACCCCUCUCCCCUCCCUCACGAAUCACCGAGUAAAGUGAAGUAA